UCAAGUGCCCAUACUUGGGACAUAUCCCUAAUUUGGGACAAUUUGGGAUGAUUGAUUUUUCAUAUUGGCAUACCUGAUAGCACUCUGUCAGUCUGUAACAGAAAUGUUUACUUUGUAGUGGGGAUGUGUAGCUAUCACAUGGUGUGUGUAUAUAAAGAUUUGGUACACUCUUAGAGAUUCUGUAUGGAUCACUGAGGAAAUAUGGCUACAGCUGUUAAAAAAGUUUAUCAUAAUUUUGACCAAGACACUCUUGAACGUGCUGCUAAAGCUGUUAAUGAUGGCAUGAGUUAUAGAAAAGCAGAACAAAAAUUUGGAGUCCCUAAAUCACCCAUACAACGCAAAGUUAAAAAUGUACAGCAACAUCCAUAUGGUCGCCCUCCUGUUUUGAGUGAAACAGAAGAAAAGCAGAUCGCUGAAUACUUGGCUUUGGCAGGGGAGUGGGGAUUUCCCCUUACAGCUUUUGACAUCAGAUGUAUAAUCAAAAAAUACCUGGACAAGAAGGGCAUGGUCGAACCUCGUUUCAAAAACAAUUUGCCAGGAAAAAAGUGGAUUAAAUGUUUUCUGGCCAGGCAGUGUGUGCAAUUGAAAUAUAGAAUGUGUACUAACAUUAAAAGAUCCCGGGCGGCAGUUACUCCUGAAGCUAUACAGACAUACUUCGAGGAAUUGUCUGUUUCACUGGCAGAUGUUCCAGCAGAAGCUAUACUGAACUACGAUGAGACGAGUAUGCAGGACAACCCUGGACAGGCUAAAGUGGUUGUAAGAAGAAAAUGUAAACAUCCAGAAAGAAUAAUUGAUUUCACUAAGUCAACUUUUUCUGUAAUGUUUUCCGGUUCAGCUAGUGGUGUGGCACUUCCACCCUAUGUGGUGUACAAGGCUGAGAACUUAUAUGACACAUGGACUGAAGGUGGACCCCCUGGCACAAGAUAUAAUAGGAGCAAAUCAGGUUGGUUCGAGGGCAAUAUAUUUCAGGAUUGGUUCCUAACAAUUGCUCUACCUUACCUCAAACGGUUAGGUGAUGGGCCAAAAGCUGUCAUAGGUGAUAAUUUGGCCAGCCAUAUUUCUGCAACAAUUCUGAAAUUAUGUGUUGACAACAACAUUCGUUUCAUUAUGCUGCCACCCAACAGCACCCACAUAUGUCAACCCUUGGAUUUGGCUUUUUUUAGCCCUCUUAAAACAGCAUGGCGGAAGCAGUUGACUGAAUGGAAGAUGAAAAACAAGGGGUCAGUAAGAAAAGAUCAGUUCCCUAGGCUUUUGAAAAAGACUUUGGAUGCCAUUGGUGAUAACAUUUCCACAAAUUUGAAAUCUGGAUUUAAGAAGAGUGGCAUUUUCCCUGUGGACAAGCAGAAGGUUCUUGAAAGCUUGCCAAGCACAUCAUCUGCAAAUGAAAGUGAUGUAGUAACUGCUACAGUAGCAUUGAAGUCUUCAUUUGAGGCAUUCUUACAACAAUCACGUGAAAAAGAAACAGGUGUAAAGCAAAGAAAGAAAAAGUUAAUCGUGAAUGCGGGGAAAAGCUUGGCUGCACAAGAUGUUCUAGAUGAAUUGCAGAAACGUUCACAGCCAAAAAGUAAACAAACCACAAAGCAGCAGAUAAACACGGGUGAGAAGGAAAAGUCCAAAGUGAAGAAAAAGAGAGGUUUGUGUCAAAAUAUUUUAAAACAAUCAGUUAAGAAAAUGAAAAUGAAGCAGAAAAGUGACACUUCUGAAGACAGUGAUUGCGAAAUUUCUCUACAUGAUAGUAACUCGUCAUUCGGUGAAGAUUUCUCGACACUGUUUGAUGAUGACAUUCAAGAAAUGCUAGAGAGGGAAACAUUAAGUGAGCAGAAAAUGGUUUAUGAAGAUGUUGAACCAAUAGAAACUGUUGAUAUUUGUGGACAACAAGCAGCGACCUCCAUGAAAGAAAAUGAUUUUGUUGUUGUUGAAGUUACUUAUGACAAAGGGAAAAAAUAUGAAUGUAAGAAAGUGUUCAUUGGCAAAAUUGUAGACAAGAAAAAUUCAAGAUACAAAGUAAGCUAUAUGAGAAACUAUUUAGGAUCAAAAGACGUGUUUGUUUUCCCAACUGUAGAGGAUAUCGAAGAUGGUGUUCCUAUUCACAGGAUUAAAAAGGUGAUCACACCCCAGAGCGAAAAUAGAGGACGAUUCAAGUUUCUUUUUUGAAAUGCAUUUUGAUGCAGAGUUCCUCCUAUCAAAAAGACUGGAAAAAAAGACUGAAAUGUUACAUAACUGUUUUGUUUAUAUGUAAGCAAAGCUAUUGAAAUAUUAAUACUAGGCUAUAUUUAUUAUCAAAUAAUUGUUGUUUAGUGAAUAGUCAUGUUGGGUGUCUAGAUGUAUCUCCAACCAUUACUUUAUAGCCUACUUUGUAAGCCAUUCUUUUUUAAACAAAAUUAUGUUGUCCUAUGUUAAAUUACAGGCUUCUUAGCAUGGUACACUGUGUGAAACACAUGAUGUCCCAAGUUAGGGGUAGUGGUUCCUUACUUGGGACAACACUGUUUUUCACUGGUGGGGAGGAGAGGGAAAGCUUUUUCGAAAAAACAUUUAAUUAUUCAAAAAGUACUAAAGUCCUUCAGAAACAAGUCAUGCACUAUUUGUGCUUUAAAGCUUAAUUUAUUAUGUUUAUUUGAGUUCAAAGUUCAAAACUGUCCCAAGUAUGGGGAC